ACAACUCAGCCACAGAACCCAACCUUUCGCACUAUUCGUGAGCAACGUGCAAUAGCAGCUUUAAGGAAAUACACGCAAACGAGACGUCGAUAAAACUUGUGCGCGUCUGUUUGUUUUUUUUUCUUAAUUCUGUUGGAUUGCCCUUUCAUAUCAGCACUAUGUCCAGCGUUCAGCUGUCCAGCACGUCUUUGGACAGGUUGGUUGCCAGAAGGACCUUCCCUCUUCACGCCAGGACUGGGGUCUGUAGGAACCUGUUUGGCCCGAUUGACCACGACGAGCUGAACCGCGAGAUGAAGUCCAAGCUCCGGGAGAUAAGCGAGCGGGACCAGCAUAGAUGGAACUUCAAUUUUGAGACCAGCACUCCAUUGGAAGGCGGACAGUACGAAUGGAAAGAGAGCGAGGCGGACGCAACGCCCGGUUUUUACAGAGAAUCCAUCCAGAUGGGUAAAACUAGGAUUACAGUCCCAGUCAGGGCAAAAACAUCUUUGGACACUACCAAGAACAGCAUGGACUCUAACUCCAGCCAGGAAUUAUCGUCUCCCUCUUCCCAGGAGAAUGACAGGUUGUCUAGUUUGGAUAGCAUUGUUCGCUCCGGGGAAACGAAUCAAGAAAAUCGGUCGGAUAAAUUAAACUCAGGAAUUAAAGCCAGCAAAAGCGAUCCUUGCACUUCAAGAAAAAGGGUAUCUGCGUCUUCAGCACCAACGCACAUUACAGAUUUCUUUGUAAAGAGGAAACGAAUAUUGGAAUGUAAACAGUCAGAGAACGGGUCCCCAUCGGCGGCUGCGAUCGCAACAGAGCAGACUCCCCGCAAAAGAAUCCGAUGAAGAUAGUUGCACAAAAUCCUGGUGAAGAUUCGUGUUUUUUUUUUUUUUUUUUUUUUUUUUUUUUUUUCUGAUCGAAGAAAAAAGACACUGUCUGUCCCUCCCGAUUGUUCUGAAGAAAGUCCGUCCGGGAGAGGAAAAGGGACACUGCUUCCAAAUGUAGCAAACCAGUGGCUUUGUAAUGUAGCCACACAGUGUUAAACGAAUUAACAACUGUGCAAUGGAUCCUGUUUUUUUUUUUUUUUUUUUUUUUUUUUUUUUUUUUUUUUUCUAUACUGUCUACACUGGCAAAAGUGUAAAGCUUUAAAAGUCAUACAUAUUAAAAUAAUAUUGUUUUAUUUCUGCUGAUGUAUUAUUGGUGCAACUUGAGUUGUAUAUUUGUACAAAGGUUUAAGAAAAUAUACUAACUUAUAUUUUGUAUUUAUGUAUUGAGUUCACGUUGGCGAAAGUCGAAAGUUUCAUUUUUUUAUGUUUUGAGCCAAAGGGCACUCUUUUUGGUCUGUUUUGCUUAUUUACGAAA